CCAAUUCCAAUUCCUCAUCUUCUCUUCGUCCCAGCUUCGUUCGAUCGGAUCAAACAAAAAGCAGCGCGGCUUUGAGGAGGAGGAGAAGGCAUGGCGAGGUGCGUCGUCCCUGUAGUGGCGGCGUAUGCAACCGUAGCCCUUAUGUUCUUCCUCCUCCUCUCCCUCCCUCCGCGCCGCCAGCAUCGGCCGCACCGCCGCCUCAAGCUCCGAACCGCCGCCAUCGCUCGCACCCCUGGCGACCGCCAUCGCAUCCCUUUCGACCCGAUUAUCUCUGAGAUGGAGAUCAUCCGUGACGAUCGUGAGUGGGAGAGGAAUCACUUUGUCUCGAUCGGCGGUGCCCCGCCCGCCGAGCCCCAGCCGGAGUGGGAGAAAUUCACGGACGCUGAGGACUACAUCAACGACGAAGACAAAUUCAAUGUCACCGACCGCAUCAAGAUUCUCUUUCCCAAGAUCGAUGUUUCCCCUCAAGACGGGUUCAUCACCCACGAGGAGCUCACUGAGUGGAACUUUAAGCAGGCGGAGAACGAGGUAUUGCACCGGACUCGGCGAGACAUAGAGCUCCGUGACAAGGACCAUGACGGGUGCAUUUCAUUCCAGGAGUACGAGCCUCCAAACUGGGUCCGCCGAACUCACGAUUACAAUUUAACCGAUGAGAAAGUUGGUUGGUGGAAAGAGGAGCACUUCAAUGCCUCUGACAUGGAUGGCAAUGGUUGCCUCAAUUUGACAGAGUUCAAUGACUUCCUUCAUCCAGCUGACACUAAUAAUCCAAAGUUGAUUGAGUGGUUAUGUCGAGAAGAGAUAAGGGAAAGAGAUAAAGAUGAUGAUGGAAGGCUCAAUUAUCAUGAAUACUUAACCAGUUUAUUUCGCUUGAUAAGAAAUUAUGAUGAAUUUUCUAGCUCAACUCAUGGGGCAGGCAGUUCAAGUGACACACACGCUAAACAAUUAUUUGCACAACUUGACUUGGACCAUGAUGGUUUUCUAUCAGCAAAUGAACUGAAGCCAAUCAUUAACGAUCUGCACCCAUCAGAACGAUUCUUUGCAAAGCAGCAAGCUGAUUAUGUAAUUUCCCAGGCUGAUACAGAUAAAGAUGGUCGUUUAAGUUUGAAAGAGAUGAUUGACAACCCUUAUGUAUUUUAUAGCGUUAUCUUCAGCGAGGAAAAUGAUUAUAUUUAUCAUGACGAAUUCCGUUAAUUCUAUAGGGAUGAAGUGCAGCAGAUGUAAACGAUUUAGAAAGGUUUUUGCCAGAAGUACUUUCUGCUUUCUACAGGGUUGAAGUGCAGCAGAUGUAAAGGAUUCAGAUUAAUUUUCUGUGAAUUUUAUUGCCAUUAGAUAAUUCUUUUUGUUUCUUCAGAAAGGUUUUUGCCAGUUGUGGAUUUGGGACACUCCGAGUGCAUCAACAGCAAACUUAUUUGAUAUGCAUUUAUGCACCAGAAUACCAAUUUUCCUUUUAUUAAAUUAUAUUUAUUGUAUUAUAGAAAAAUUCAACCAUACAUACUCUUGAUGACUUGGUAUGCCACAAAAUGCCACGUUUAAUGAAGUUUCCAUGAACUAUGAUACAACUUUUCUCUUAUUAAGCAGCAUUAUCCUCUUACCUCUGCAUCUGAUAUUCACCUGAUGUGUAUGUUAUUGUUUCAUUGGUCAAGCUUGCUUUUCAAAGCCCCGAUGUUCGAGUGGUUUACUUAAAUAUCAAUUAAUAUUGUAACAACAUUCUGUAGUUAAUAAAAUUAUACAAUUAUAACUC